AUGGUAUUAACUUGCUUUUUAAAUAUAUUUUUUAGGCAAUUAAAACCUACAGUAAAAUUGACCCAAAGCAUAAAAAGGAAGCACAGUAAACAUAAUUCAAAUAUAAGUUCUUUAUUUGAACCAGUUCCUGUUAAAACAGAGUUAAAAGAUGCAAAUGUUGGUGCAGAAUUAUCUGGUACUUUAAACAAAAUUACAAUCAUACAGACUUUAUGUUCUUUUGCAAACAAAGAUGCAAUUAAAGAUUUAAGUAAAAGUCAUGGAUUGGAUGAAAUGAUUUUUGACAAAACUAUGAAUAGUUUUCGAAAAUAUUGUGUAGACUCUGAUACAUUACCUACAGAUCUUCACAUUGUCUUAAGUGAUAUUAUACAAGAAGCUGGAAAUAUUACGGAUAUAUUUCCUUACUUCUUACGUUUUGCCAAACAAAUGUAUCCGCACCUUGAUUGUUUAGAUGAAUUAAAGAAAAUCAGUGAUCUUCGAAAUCCAGCUUAUUGGUAUCCUGUAGCUAGACAUAAAAAGAGAAAAAUUAUAUUUCAUGCUGGUCCUACAAAUAGUGGUAAAACAUACCAUGCAUUACAAAAUUUUAUGAAAGCAAAAAGUGGUGUUUAUUGUGGACCAUUAAAAUUAUUAGCCAAUGAAGUUAGUAACAAAUGUAAUUCUAUGGGUACACCUUGUGAUUUAAUAACUGGAGAAGAACACAAAUAUGCAAAAAGUGUAGAAUAUCCUGCCAAACAUGUAUCAUGUUCUGUAGAAAUGGCAAAUAUACAAAAUACUUAUGAAGUAGCAAUAAUUGAUGAAAUUCAAUUAAUACGUGACCCAAAUAGAGGAUGGGCAUGGACAAGAGCUUUUCUUGGUAUUGCUGCUGAUGAAGUACAUUUAUGUGGUGAACAUGCUGCUAUUUCUCUAAUUCAGAGUAUGUGCCUAGCAACAGGUGAAUUGGUUGAAGUAAAAGAAUAUGAACGGCUGACCAAACUUGAAGUAGAGAAUUCUGCACUUUGUUCGUUAAAUAAUAUUCAGCCAGGAGAUUGUAUAGUUUGUUUUAGUAGAAAUGAGAUAUUUAGUGUUUCUAAUAACAUUGAAAAACUGGGAAAAAAGGUAGCUGUAAUAUAUGGCAGUUUACCACCGGCUACAAAGCUUGCACAAGCUGCAAGAUUUAAUGACAUCGAUAAUCCUUGUAAAAUAUUAGUAGCUACCAAUGCAAUAGGAAUGGGACUCAAUUUACAUAUUCGUAGAAUUAUAUUUUAUAGCCUUUCUCAACCAACUUUAAAUGAAAAAGGAGAUAUAGAAAUGGAUACAAUUUCUGUAUCGUCUGCGUUACAAAUAGCGGGUCGUGCGGGUCGUUAUGGAACAGAAUGGAAAACAGGUUUUGUUACAACUUACAAACCAGAAGAUCUUUCUUUGUUAAAAAAUUUAUUACAGCAAAAACCAGAAGAAAUUUUACAAGCUGGACUUCAUCCAACAUCGGAUCAAAUUGAAUUAUAUGCUUAUUACCUACCAAAUGCACCAUUAUCAAAUCUCAUUGACAUUUUUAUUGCGCUGUGUAAAAUGGAUCAUUCGCUAUACUUUAUUUGUAAUUUAGAUGAUUUUAAAUUUCUUGCUGACAUGAUACAGCAUAUACCUCUACCUCUUCGGCAACGAUAUGUGUUUUGCUGUGCACCAGUUAACAGAAAAGUACCUUUAACGUGCAGUAUGCUUUUGAAGUAUGCUCGACAAUGUAGUAAAGACAAACAGGCAACAAUUUCGUGGUUGCGUACACAAAUUAAGUGGCCUCUUGAAAUACCGUCAACAAUCAAGCAUCUUAUACAUUUAGAAGGUGUAUUUGAUGUAUUAGAUGUUUAUCUUUGGUUAAGUUAUCGAAUGCCGGACUUGUUUCCUGAUGCCAAUGAAGUUAGGGAGUUGCAAAGAGAACUAGAUAAAAUAAUUGACGUCGGAAUUAAGAACAUUACGAACUUAUUCAGAAGGCCUAAAGAAAGUAUAAAAAACAGUAGUAAUUUUUAUACUUCUGAACAAUAUUUUAUAUAUUUUACAGAUAAACAUCGUAGAAAAGAAACAUUAACUAAUAGUCUAAUAGCUCAAGGACUUUUAACGCCAAAAAUGCUGGAACAACUAAGAGUGGAAUGGUCUAUGGGUUUUAAAAAACGUGAAUUUGAAAUUGUGUAUUUUUAA